AUGCCGCAAUGGUGCUACGAAGCACAGCGUUUCAGGGUCCACCUGACCUCGACUAUCCAUUUUCAAUACUCGACUGACCGUUUCAUCCUGCUGCUUCUUCGUUUGACCGUUGCAAGCGGUGAUGGAUGCACGCGACAGGCGAAGACUGUGGAAAAAGAUGAAAUCGGGGGACUGGGGCACAUGUGUCCGGCCGACCUCUCCUGCGAGUUCCCCACGGAGGGCAUGUUCUGGGACCACCCCAUCCAGCCUCGCAGGCCCCCUCGCGUCGUCCGCACCUACCUCGUCAACGCCUCCGCUGCUGCCGCUAUCGCUGCCGCCGCUGCUGGUAACGCCAGCGGUGCUGCUGCUGCUGCUGCUGCUGCUGCUGCUGCUGGCAAAGGCAGGGUGAGGCACCGUCUUGGGGCAGCAGGAGGAGCAGGGGGGGCAGGAGGUGCGGCAGGAGCAGGAGGGGGGAUGGACACGGGGGAGGGCCCUGAGAAGCCUGACAGCUGCGUGGAGCUCUGUCGGAACGUGCCUGACUGUGCCUUCUGGAUGUACGACAUGAGCAGCGUGAAAGGCUACUGCAAGCUGUGGGCGUCGGACCAAAACCCAUGCGAGGCCAGGGGCUGGGUGUUGUUAGGCCGGGCAGCACACUUUGCUCAGCGAUGGUUGGGGAAGGGAUCGGCCCCUCUUGCCCUCCGCCUCCCUUCUCUCCCCUCCCUUCUCUCCCCUCCCUUCUCUCCCCUCCCUUCUCUCCCCUCCCUUCUCUCCCCUCCCUUCUCUCCCCCAGAGCUGUCUACCCUUCCUCUUACCCCUGUCCCGCCCUCUGCUAGCACUGCAAACCAACGAGUGUCCCAAGCUCACGUGUAA